GUAUUCCGUAACUGCAAUUUUACACAUCACUUUAAUAGGAAUUGCAAUUGUUUAUCUUUUGCUGUCUGCUCAGAUAGCCCAGUCGAUGAUGAGUUACUUCUUUUAUUUGGAUUACGGAUAUUGGAUAAUAAUUUUAUCAGUUUUUCUAUGCCCAUUAACAUGGUUCGGAAGCAUUGAGGAAUUUUGGUUUGCUGCUAUUGGAGCUUUAGUAACUGCAGCACUAGCCUGUUAUUCCUUACUAGCAAGUGUAAUACUAGAAAUUCCUAAUGCCAAAAAUGUGAAAUUUGAUAACCCGAAUUUUUCAUCAUUUUCUCUGGCAUUUGGGACCAUUCUCUUUUCGUUCGGGGGAGUAUUCUUCUUUCCAACUAUUCAGAAUGAUAUGGCAAACAGGCAACAGUUUAAUAAGGCCACGCUUAUUGGAUUUGCAGGUCUCUUACUUCUGUACAUGCCCGUUACAACAGCGGGAUAUGCUGUACUCGGAUCCAGUGUCGCACCUAAUAUCCUCCUAUCUAUAGAAGUAGGAUAUUUAAGAUCUUUUAUUGAAGCAUGUUUGGCUGCACAUAUUUUGCUGGCGUUUUUAAUUGUCAUCAAUCCCGUGGCUCAAGAGACUGAAGAUGCAUUAGGAGUUGAACCAAAUUUUAAUUACAAGCGAUGCAUUAUUCGAAGUCUGAUAGUAGGACUUGUUUUGUUAAUAUCUUAUACUAUUCCCCAUUUUGACAAAAUAAUGAAUCUUAUUGGUGGAUCAACCAUGACACUCCUGACAUUCAUUUUCCCUCCAUUAUUCUACAUUCAACUCUGCAACAACGAUGAAUCCAAACUGGACACACGAAGGAAAAUCUCUCUUUCUGAAAAAGGAUUCCUUAUUCAAGUUAUGGCUGUAGGAAUAGCAGGAGGUAUUGCGUGCACUUACUUUGCAUUAAUGGAAAUUGUCUCCAUUUUCUUCAGUAACACAUCAGCAUCAGUGGUUGAUAUAAAUAUUGCAAUUUAAAAUGAAAAAAUUUCAAAAAGUUUCCAAGCAUUUAUAGAAAUGCUGAAAGUCAUAUGCAAUAUACAGAAACUAUGAUUAUGUUAGCAUAUUUGUAACUAUUUGUAAAUAAAAGUGUAUGUCAAUUUAA